CAAAAAUUUAGGGAAGAAAACAAUAAAGAAAAACAAUAAGAGAUAAAAGAAGCAUUCAGUGCCAACCCCAAAUAGCUUUCUUCCACAUUUUCAACGAUCUCUGCCCGUCCAUCUUUUCUCUGUUCCUAUUCUUUGAAUCCAGAACUUUAUCUCACUUGGGCAUUUCUUUCUGUUCUUGUUCGUUUAUUUAUUUAUUUCUUCAAAUUUUGCAGCUGUCUCAAUCCAAGAUGUGAAAUUCUUGAGUUUCUUUUGUUGACCCAGUUCAUCUUUCUUUAAAAGAUGGGUUCUUGAAUCAUCUUUCUGAAUUUCCACGCAGCUGAUCUGUCAUAUCUUUGUUUUUCAUAUAUCUAUAUAACUUAUUUUUUUCUGGGAUCAAUUCCAAGAAUUCGAGUCUGGGGGUUGAAGGAGGAGGAUGAUGAUGAUGACAAUGGAGGGGAUGAUGGAUAAAGGUGUAUUGGAUGAUAUAAUAAGGAGGUUAUUGGAAGGCAAAGGAGGGAAACAAGUGCAGCUUUCAGAGGCAGAGAUCCGUCAACUUUGCGUCAACGCCCGCCAAAUCUUCCUUUCCCAGCCUAAUCUUCUUGAGGUUCGAGCCCCAAUUCACAUAUGCGGUGAUAUACAUGGACAAUACCAAGACCUACUUAAAGUAUUUGAACAGGGGGGUUACCCUCCCGCCGCAAACUACCUAUUUCUUGGAGAUUAUGUGGAUCGAGGCAAGCAAAGCUUGGAGACAAUAUGUUUGCUUCUGGCCUACAAAAUAAAAUAUCCUGAAAAAGUCUUCCUUUUGAGAGGAAACCAUGAAGAUGCAAAGAUUAACCGGAUAUAUGGGUUCUAUGACGAGUGUAAAAGGCGGUUCAACGUUAGGCUUUGGAAAAUUUUUACUGACUGCUUUAAUUGUUUGCCUGUGUCUGCACUUAUUGAUGGGAAGAUACUUUGUAUGCAUGGUGGGCUCUCACCAGAGUUGGAAAACUUGGAUCAAAUAAAGGAACUUCCAAGGCCGACUGACAUUCCAGAUAAUGGUCUUUUAUGUGAUUUGCUUUGGUCUGAUCCUGAUGCUAGGGUUGAUGGCUGGGCAGAGAGUGAUCGCGGUGUUUCCUGUACUUUUGGAGCUGAUAGAGUUAUUGAAUUUUUAGACAAGAAUGACCUUGAUCUUGUUUGUCGGGGUCAUCAGGUGGUUGAGGACGGCUAUGAAUUUUUCGCGAAACGAAGAUUAGUCACUAUAUUCUCAGCUCCAAACUACGGAGGGGAGUUUGAUAAUGCCGGUGCUCUAAUGAGUGUUGAUGAAGCUCUACUGUGUUCCUUUGAGAUACUUAAAUCAAGUGCUGAUGAAGCCUCAAGUAGUCGUUUAAAUCUUAAAAAGCUGCCUAAAGCUGGAAAGAACUGAUCAUUUGGAGAUUUCUCACAGCUCCAUAAGGAAACUCAACAAACUCCAUCAAUGGUUCGAAUUCUUCUAAUAGAUGACCUUGCUUGAUAAGGGAGAAGCUUGAUCAUAUUAAUCAACACGGGAGAAGCUUGAUCCUAUUGAAAGAUAUCUGACAAGUCAAUUUCACGGAAGUUUUUAUGAAAUGUGUACAUCAGAACUGCAUGUGCUUGUGCAGGGAAGUGGUUUUUAGUUUUGGCUUCUUUUGGUCAAUAUUUGCUAAUUAGAAUUUGAGGGUACAGAUUGAGAAUGGUUUGCGUUGGUUAAUGUUCGGCAUGUGUAUAUUUAGUUUCAUGAUAGCAUUUUACAGGGAAGUCCUUCACUAAUUUUUUUGAUAGCUUUUUUCUU